AUGAUAGACGAUGAAAAGCAGGAAACUUAUAGCAACAUGUGUGCUCUCUGUGAAAAACCAGAAGUUUGUGAUUAUCCUGAUAAAUAUUCUGGCUAUGAAGGAGCCUUAAAAUGUCUAACACAAAAUGGAGGUGAUAUUGCAUGGACAAAAGUUCUCUAUGUUAAACGUUACUUUGGUUUACCAAUUGGCAAAACAACAGUAUCACCAUCAGUUGAAAAAGCAAGUGAUUACAUGUACUUUUGUCCUGAUGGCACCAAAAUAUCAAUUGAUGCAACAACAAAACCAUGCACAUGGGCUGCUAGACCAUGGCAGGGCUACAUGGCAAAUGGACAAAUUAAAGAUGUCGAUGCUGUUCAAAAGGAACUGUCAGAACUUGGUGUUAUUGGUGAAAAUAAAAUAAAACUUGGAUCAGCAUAUGCUAAAUCAAAUUUUAUUGCAGCUAAAAUUUCAGCUUUACAUUUUCUAACAUCUGCAUCUGUAAAUACACCAUUUGAGUAG